CCGCCUCCAGGCUCAAGGGCAUCGAGAUGAUGGCUAACCUCAAGGUUCGCCCCAAGCACGGCGUUCCCAACGCCCGCGCCGCGCUCGGCGCCUCCGAGUACCAGCGAUGCGUCUCCCACGACUCGCACCCCUCCGCCGCGUAUAACACCUCCGACCACGAGGCUCUGCGCGAGGACUUGCUCUUCGACAUCUCCCGCGACGAGUACCCCGCGGUGACUGCGUACAACGACUCCAAGGCUCUCCUCGCGGAGGUGACCUGCGAGGCUGCGCCCCCGGCGCUCUUCACCGACACCGAGGUUUGCACCUCCGUGGAGGGCUUCUGCGACGUGAGCUGCGAGAUGCCCGUCCCCGACCACUGCAUCACCGGCGACAAGUCCUUCGGCACCUGCGAGCCCACCGUCAACCACAUCUGCGACUCCAUCGAGAAGACCCACAACAACUGCGAGCAGACCCAGCGCCAGUCCAUCGCCGCCGAGGACAGGUACAACAAGCACGAGGUUGGCACGCCGCCCUGCAGGGUGGACGCCGACGCCCCCUUCGCCAAGGCUGCGUACGCGCAGAUGAAGUACGAGGCCGCGUACCUCGAGUGGGUCAACGCCGUCAACGACGCCACCGAGGUGUGCACCAUCGGCCACGCCCUCUGGGUUCACAACCUCGGCCUCUACCAGGCUCACUACGCCAAGCUCGAGGCGACCACCGCCGACCUCAUCCAGCUGUGCAGCGGCCAGAACCACACCGACGAGUUUGACAUCGACUCGGCCAUCGCCGACGCGUCGCUCUCCUACCAGAGGGCGUCCAAGGGCCCGCUCCACCACCCCAACGACCGUCGUCGCCUCGUGUGGUGGCAGCAGCUCUGCGAGCCCUCCAUCCACGCCCUCGAGGAGCUCAUCAAGUCCCUGGAGAUUGCCUCCCCCCAGCUCAUGUGCUUCGCCGAGACUUGCCAGGUGAAGAAGGCUGCCGAGCAGACGUCGUUUGAGGUGCUCGUCAACGCGCACAACAAGUUCGAGAUGGCCUUCGCCGAGUACCGCGACGAGGUUGUCGCCUACAACGACGGCGUCGAGAAGAAGCACCUCUCUCUCGCCGCCACCAUCGCCUCCUUCGAGUCCUUCCACGUCAUCCAGGAGGAGCUCCACCUGGGGUACGAAAACGACAUGGACCUCUUCGAUCGAUUCGAUUCCGGCGCGGAUAACGGUCACUGCGGUCUCACCGACUGCCAGGUGCAGGCGGUGUGCGGCGCCCAGCUCAAGAGCCACUUCGAAACCUUCGUGUCCACCGACACCUGCACCCCGGCGCCGUACUCGGUCGACAAGAUCUGCAACCCUCCGCCCUCGCCCCCUCCCCCGUCCCCGGCUCCGGUGGUUGUCGCGGAGGUUGUGGGUGAGGUGGAAGAUAUGGAGACGCCGGUGCUCCCGGGGCAGGAGGAGAAGGCGGCGGAGGAGGAGGAGGCUGGCGGCGAGCCCAUGCCUUACCCUCAGGGGCCCUACAGAGGUGAAGCCAGGGCAUGGUAAAACGGAAAACACUUAAGGGAACAGGGGGGUAUACAUAGAGCUUGAUGAUUGUUUCGCCUUGUAUUGUAAAUAUGAAACCAAAUCCGCAG